GUGGGUCCGUCGAAGAAGGCAGAAGCCAUGGCCGAUCGCCUAACUCAACUUCAGGACGCCGUGAAUUCGCUUGCAGAUCAGUUUUGUAAUGCGAUUGGAGUCUUGCAGCAGUGUGCCCCGCCUGCAUCUUUUAGCAACAUACAAACUGCAAUAAACAAAGACCAACAAGCUAAUCCAACAGAAGAAUAUGCCCAGCUGUUUGCCGCUUUGAUUGCCAGAACUGCUAAGGAUAUUGAUGUUUUAAUAGAUUCAUUGCCUAGUGAAGAAUCCACAGCUACGUUACAGGCUGCCAGUCUAUAUCGCUUGGAGGAAGAAAACCAUGAAGCGGCAGCACGCCUGGAAGAGGUGGUUUAUCGCGGGGAUCUGCUCUUGGAGAAGAUACAGAGUGCCUUAGCUGACAUAGCCCAGUCACAGCUGAAGACCAGAAGCAGCAGUUGUAGCCAGCCUGGUCCAGAUUAACAGCGGCAGGUGGCAGGACUUCACUGUGGAAUUCAGUCCUCUGGCAUGUAU